UGACAGCUUAUACAUAUAUUAGAUUAAGCUUGUCAAAGUCCUCUGAAUCGACCGCUGUGGGAGAUUGCCUAUAGUGCGGACACGGUCGCUGAUGAAGGCCCUUAGCUUGCACGGCCCCUGGGCCUACUAUGAACGAAAAGCUGCUGAAAACGAAUGUCGGAUUGUUGACCUGGAAGCAGAAGUCCGGCGCUGGAAGAUAGCGCAUGAUGACCUGCAGAAUAGGCUUGCUCAAGCAGAGGCUGACCAAAAGCGGCUGCAAGAAAAACAGCUUCCAUCGCUGUUGUCUGAGAAGGAACGAGCCAUAGGCGUCAUCGACAGCCUACAGGCGGAGUUGGCUCGGCUACGGUUGGAACGCACAGAGGAGCACAACCAGCUUACGGCACAGGUCUCGACCCUUACCGAUGAGCUACAGAAACUUUCCGCUGAAAACACGGUUCUGCGCUCAGAGCUGGCUAAGACCGUUCACCAAAAGCAGCUGACAUCGAGCAAGCUGGACCAAAUUCGCAAGAAGCUUGGACUCACCGAGUCCGAAGCUAAGGCAUUCAUCCAGGAGCUGGACGAGGCGCGCGCUUCAAGCAAGGUGCUGCGAGAGGAGAACAAGGAACUGGCCGCGGACAACGCGCACCUGAAGGGGCAGGUGGAGAGCCGCUCGCAGCACUGCAUGACGCUCAUCGGGGAGAACAAGCGGCUGCUGGAGCAGGUGGCCGAGCUGCGCCUGCAGCUGCAGCGGCAGCAGGGGGAGCUGUGGGCGGCCAAGACGGAGCACCACACGGCGGCAGCGGCGGUGCGGCAGCUGCAGCAGACGGCCACGGCGGGCGCGAGGAAGCAGCUGGUGGUGCGGGAGCGGCCGCCGCAACAGCAGCAGGGCGCAGAGGGGGCAGCGGGGACGACGGGUGGAGACGGAGGGGGAGUCGCCACAGCGCCGGCGGUGAUGGGCACGGCGGCAAAGCGCGGGGCAGGCGGCAGCCAGAACCGACCGCCCUGGACUGAUUCCGCCAGCGGGAAAGCAGGUGGCGCGGGGGCAGCAUCCACCAAGACCACGCACGUACCUGUCGGCGUCGCAUCUGUCGUGGGUACGGACGCUGCAAAGGCUGGGAUUGUACGGCAAGCCCUCGCGGUACGGCAACAACGCCUUGUAUCCGCGCAAAAGCAACAACCUUGAUAGACGGAUGCAAUAAAAGCACGGUAACGAACGGUACUGUACCGUGCGUUUAUGAAUGGGUGGUAGCGUUAUGCUGGUUACAGUGAGGCCCCUAAUUGCCGCCAUCAACGGACAAGCGGUGCCCAUUGGCUCCUGGUGUGCGACUGACUGUUUGACCCCAGCGAAUUGACAGAUGAGGCUUGACAUAUGAAUGUAAACGGCGUGGAUGACGCCUUCAUUUGUUAUCAUAUCGGCGCAUGCGCCUAAAUGACUGCAGGGCGUGAUGGGCACGAGGGGCCCCGCUGGUGAUACGCUUGCGUGGCUGGAUCCACCUCGCACCCACCUGCGGGAUAUGUACCUUGUAGCAUGGCGACUGGGGACCGAGUGCUGCUACGCCCAUGCACCGUGAUGUGCGUGUUGUGCUGUAAGCAACACAGUGUUUACUUGCGGGCAUUAGAACCUGUGGAGGACUGGGGGUUCCCCAUCUGUAUUUGUGCG